AUGACUUUGGAUAUUUUUAGAUCUAAAAGUAGAUCACUCGUUUGUUUCUCUCAAAUCAUAACGAUGAAAAUUAAUUAUCUAUUAUUUAUCUUUUCACUUUUGUUGUUGACUUUGUCAGCUUCACAAUUGGAGAAUAAUGAAUUAUUAUCAAUUACAUUGACUCUUUCACCAACAUCAGCAUCGACAUCAUCACAACCAACUUCGUCUUCGACUUCAACUUCCUCGACAACUACUACCAGCACCACUGGUACAACAACAACUUCACCAAUAUCAACAGGUAUUACAACAUUACCAGCAACAACAGUAAGUUCAACAACAUCAAGUAAUUUAGAAUAUCAACAAUUCACAGACUGGAUGAUUCAAAACAAUAAAUCAUACACAAACAAUGAAUUCUUGACAAGAUUCAAUAUUUUUGUUGAUAAUCUGCUUUAUGUAAAUCAAUUUAAUUCGUUGACUGGAAAUGAUACUGACGCCAUGAAAUUGGGAAUGAAUGUAUUUGCUGAUUUGACACUCGAUGAAUUCACCAACACAUUCCUUGUGAAAGAUUUAUCAAAUUUCUCAUUAAAUUCAAACACAACCACUUCUACAAGUACAUCAACUUCGAGUACAACUUCAACAACGACAACAGGAGGUGGAUUAUUAGGAGGAUUACUAACGUUAACAAUUGGUACUGGAGGAUCUACAUCUGGUGGUGGUGGUGGAUUGUUAGGUGGUCUUUUAACAGGUUCAUCUCAACCAUCAAAAUCAUCUCUCAGAACUUUAAUGGCCACCGUUGUAGAUUGGAGAAGUUAUCUAUCAGGAGUUAAAAACCAAGGAUCAUGUGGAAGUUGUUAUGCAUUUGCAUCGUUAGCUCCACUUGAAGCUUUAUUGGCAAAAAAAGGUCAAAUAGUAUCUCUUUCAGAACAAGAAAUUGUUGACUGUUCAACAAGCUAUGGCAAUCAUGGUUGUAAUGGAGGUUGGAUGACAGGUGUUUAUAAUUAUAUUUCAGAUGCAGGAGGUGUAAGUUCAGAAUCAUCAUAUCCAUACAAAGGUGUUGUUCAACAAUGUAAACCUGUUGGAGCUAAAUAUGCAAGAGUGGCUAAAUAUGUUUCAGUAUCCAAUCGAGCAGCAAUGGAAGAUGCAAUAACAAAGGUAGGACCAAUUGCUGUUGCUUUACAGGCCGGUGUAAGAUCAUUCCAAAUGUACAGUGGUGGUGUAUAUAAUGAUCCAGCUUGUGGAGCAGGUCAAAUAGAUCAUGGAGUUACAAUUGUUGGUUCUGGAGAAGCAAACGGAAUGGCAUAUUACAUUAUUAGAAAUAGUUGGGGUUCUGGAUGGGGAGAAGCAGGGACAAGAAGCAAAUUCUUUUUAAUUGAAUAUUGUUCUUCAGAUUUUGACCCUGAAGAUUUUGGAAAAGUGAAAAUAUCUUCUUCUUUUAAAAGACAAAUCAAUCAACCAAAUCAAUCAAAUCAUAUCAAAAAACAACAUACAGUCAAAUCUAAAACUUAA